UUUAACCACAGCAGGUUUGUGCAAGGAAAACAAGAGUCGGAUUUUAGGAGAGCAUUGGUUGCAGCUGCAAGGUCAUCACAUCAGGCGUUGUUGUCCUGUUCGGAAGGCCAAAUGAAAAGCGCACAGUGGCUCUACCUGUGUGGACUUGUGACGGUGGCGUUGAUUCCUGCCAGCAGGCAGGUUGUCCUCAAGGAUACAUCCGAUGAGUCUAGGUGGCAGUCUUUUGAAUCGAAAAGCGCUCGGAGUUUUACUUCCAACAUUAAGCGCCAUUCUGAAGGCACCUUCAGCAGUGACUUUACCAGAUACUUGGACAAGAUGAAGGCCAAGGACUUUGUGCACUGGCUUAUCAACACGAAACGUUACAGCUCAACAAAGAGGUACAUAAAAGGAGACCACAACCACAUCUCCUUCCCCUCGGACCACUCGCUAGUUAGGUCCAAUUAGCCACCAG